CCGCGCGGGUGAGCGGAGCCCUGGUCCGCGCCCGGUAGUCUCCCGCAGCCUCUCAGCCAUGGGCGCCGUCUGGUCCGCCCUGCUGGUCGGCGGGGGUCUGGCGGGAGCGCUCAUCCUGUGGCUGCUGCGGGGCGACCUUGGGGCCCCGGGGAAAGACGGGGGUGCGAAGCCGCAGAAGGACGUACCUCCAGGAGAGGCUGCGGCUCCGGGAGGCGGUCCGGGUGGUGGUGGCGGUGGCGGUGGCGGCCUGAGCCCUGGACCUUCCGAACGGGUGCUGGUCUCCAAACCAGAGCAGCUUCAAGAAAACAAUGGACAUUUGCUUUCCGAGACCAAAGAUCCUGGUGACCUGCAGGGAGUACAGAGACUGCAGAAUGCUGGAGCAGACUGGGGCAAUGCCAGAGAGUAUGUUCCUGCUGGAAAGAUUCCAGACACACACUCCAGGGCCAACCCAGAAGUGUCAAGGAACCAAAGCCUGGAAGUUCAUGGAGGAGAGCGGAGACCCUGCAAAGGACAAGGAACAGCUGGGGGCGUGGUGGAGAAGCCGCCCUGCGGCAGCCUGCUCGGGGACAUAGCUAAAGCAGCCGGCCUUGCGCAGGCCAGUCAGGACCCGGCAGGCCACGAGGACUGGGAAGUGGUGUCUCGGCACUCAUCUUGGGGGGAUGUUGGUUUGGGUGGCAGUCUUGAGGGCCUAAGGCAGGGGAUGGAUGAUGGCAGAGGCACUCCUGUGGGAGGAAGAGGCUGGGGAGCAGAUGGGAAGGUGGUGUCUCUGGAACCUCAGAAGGUCAGCAUCCAGUUCCAGGUGCACUACACCACGAGCACCGAUGUGCAGUUCAUUGCAGUAACUGGAGACCAUGAGAAUCUUGGGGGAUGGACCACGUACAUCCCACUCCACUACUGUAAGGACGGGCUGUGGUCUCAUUCCGUCUUCCUGCCUGCAGACACGGUGGUGGAGUGGAAGUUUGUAUUGGUGGAGAACAGGGAGGUCACUCGCUGGGAAGAAUGCAGCAACAGACUCCUGCAGACUGGCCAUGAGGAUAAAGUGGUUCACGGGUGGUGGGGGAUCCACUGACUCCCUCUGCAAAGCAUCCGCGAGGCUGCCGCAGAACGUGGAAGAGGCUAAGGCUGUAGAGUACACUGCAUAAUUUAAAGGCAGUGUGAUUCCAUUUGUAACCAUCAGAGUUCUCUCAGAGUUGCUAGUGUGGCUUUUGUCCAAAAUGUAGGAAGACGUAUGCAUGCAGAUAUAGUGCUUCCUGUGAGCAGGGACUUUCCCCUUGUUGCCUUGACAGGUUUGUGCUGACACAUCAUUACUUGAGGGAUUGAUCGUCCCUGGGUAGUUGGUUUGGCUAAGACUGAGGUAUGGACUCUGGGCAAGGAGAAACUACCCAGCUGCAAAAGUACGAGGCAGAGCCUGUAGGAGCUCCUAGAACAGGGAGGCGACAGCAAGCCUCAUCGAAUCCAGCUAAGCAACGCUGUUUACAUUAACAGUGACACCAUGUGGAACUGUGACCAGUCAGGAUCUGAGUGACGCUGGAAGACUCCCCAGGAGUUUUUGUUCCAUUUUAAGUGCCGAGGGUGGGUGCGGAGUUAGCAGGCAUGUCUUUGUCUUGACGCUUUAAAGUCUGAGUUGAUCAUCCAGGAAGUGGAGCAUGAGAGGGUUGGGUGUGAGGUGGUGAGGUGGCUUGAAGGGGACACCAUAUUUCUUUGAGGACUGGGGGUUACAGGUCCGAGUCUGGCUCCAGCAAGGGGUGUGUGCAUCCUUUACCCACAGCGCCCUGUCAGACCAUCUCUGUUCACUUCCCCAUCCUGGUCCCACCAGGUCUCACAGGUGGGCUGCCCUAGAGAGGGUU